AUGGAGGCUGAAUUGAAAGGAGUGUAUGAAAUGAUGCAAGAUGCAGAGAUGAAAGGGUUUAUCGCAUUGGAGGUUAAGGUCCUCCGAACACACGUUCAUGAAAGCAUCCGUAUGGCAGGACAUGCAAACCGGAUCGAUCCCGACAAAUGGCACCCUUUGAUUAUGAGCUUCCAGGAGCUGUAUGGACUGGGGCGCAAAAAGACUUCGCCGUCUAUUCUCGCCGAGAUCAACGAAGAAGGGUACAGGCCAUUCUCUAACCUUGUCGACGAUGAGGCAACAACUGAAGAGGAGGAGUGA